AUGCUGAAUUUGUCGUCAUUGUUCUUCUCGUCUAACCCCAAAAAUAGGUCGGUUGAAGAAAACUGGAUCAAUUUUAAACAUGCUUUGUCUGAUGGAAUAAAUCAAUUCAUCCCCCAGAAGUCGUCGCGACCAAGAUUUAAUCUUCCAUGGAUAACUCUUAACAUCAAACGGGAAAUGCGUAGGAAAGAUCGGCUCCAUAAAAAGGCUGUCCAAACCAAGAAAUCUCAACAUUGGAAUAGCUUUAAAUAUCAAAGAAAUCAUGUGUCUAAGCUUAUUAAACAAUCACAUGAGAACUACCUUAAUAACAUCAUUGGUAGCAGCUUGACCGAGAAUCCAAAAAAGUUCUGGUCUUAUGUCAAGAAUAGCAAAUCUGAAUCUAUAGGAAUCCCACCCUUGAAAUCUAACUGCACUGUCAGCAUCUCAGAUAAGGAUAAAGCAGAAACCCUAAAUUCAUAUUUCUUCUCAGUUUUUACUUGUGAACAGUUACCAUCUCCUAGUAUGGGCCAAUCACCAUACGAGCCCAUCACUGACCUGCAGAUUAGUCCAGAUGGUGUUGCUAAGCAGCUAUCCGACUUAAACCUCCAAAAGGCAUGUGGUCCAGAUGAGAUCCCAGCCAGAGUUCUGAAGGAAAUUGCUCAGUCUGUAUCACAGUGGCUCGCCUUUAUUUUCCAGCAAUCUUUCGAUCACAAUGCAAUUCCAACUGAUUGGUCACAAGCUCUUGUCACUGCUGUAUUAAAAAAUAAUAGUAAGUCCAAUCCAGCAAAUUAUCGGCCAAUCUUGUUAACGUGUAUUUGUUGUAAAAUUAUGGAACACAUUGUGCUCAGCCACAUGGCAAAACAUCUUUCUGCAAAUAAUAUCCUAAUUGAUGAACAACAUGGUUUUAGGAAAAAUCGCUCAUGUGAAACCCAAUUAAUCUCGACAAUUCAUGACUGGGGAAAAUCUGUCAACUUGAGGAAUCAAACUGAUGUGAUUCUCUUAGAGUUUAAGAAAGCAUUUGACUCUGUACCGCAUGAGCGUCUCUUGACUAAGCUUGACUACUAUGGAAUCAGAGGGAAUACACGUACAUGGAUAAAAGCAUUCAUUACAAAUCGUUCUCAAAUUGUCUCAAUUAAUGGAACCCACUCCUCCUCCAAACCUGUUAUCUCUGGAGUACCUCAGGGAUCCAUUCUAGGCCCAGUGUUAUUUCUGCUAUACAUAAAUGAUAUUUCCAACAAUAUUCAAGUCUACAUCUCUUUGCUGAUGAUUGUGUUCUAA